UGUUGCUUUUAUCAACUUCCGCACAAGCACACACGUAUGAUUAGAGCGGUGUGUGUCGUAACGUUAGCCUAUGUGGUGAGCAAAGGUCUCUUUGAUAAGUCCAUAUAACGUUACUCUGGUUGCCCGCGGGACAUUGUCAGCGGUUCUCUUGGACUUCUGUCUUGAUCCAUCAUGAAUUUCUUCCUGGAGACCCUGCAAGUCCUCCUGCUGUCCAUCUGGUACAAUGUGGAAUCUUUCGUCCACCUCUUCGUGCCCAGAAGGAAAAAGAGCAUAGCUGGCGAGGUGGUGCUGAUCACGGGGUCCGGUAGCGGGAUCGGCCGCCUCAUGGCUCAGGAGUUCGCGGCUCUUGGCACUGUGCUGGUGUUGUGGGAUAUCAACCAGGACGGGAUGAAGGAAACGGCCAGGCUGGCCAAGCUGAGCGGAGCCAGCAGAGUCCACCACUACCUGUGUGACUGCAGCGACAAGAAUGAGGUCUACCGAGUGGCUGACCAGGUUAAGCGAGAGGUGGGUGAUGUCAGCAUUCUGGUGAACAACGCUGGCAUCGUGACGGGAAAGAAGUUCAUGGACGCUCCCGAUUCCCUGAUUGAGAAGACGAUGGAGGUCAACACCAUGGCUCACUUCUGGACCUACAAGGCCUUCCUUCCUGCCAUGAUCGCCAACAAUCACGGCCAUCUUGUCAGCAUUUCCAGCUCUGCUGGACUCAUAGGAGUCAAUGGAUUGGCAGACUACUGUGCCAGUAAGUUUGCAGCAGUAGGAUUUGCAGAGUCUGUGGGUCUGGAGCUGCUGGCUACUGGGAAGGACGGCAUCAAGACCACCAUUGUGUGCCCGUACUUCAUCAACACUGGAAUGUUUGACGGAUGUCAAACCAAGUGGCCAACGCUGCUGCCAAUCCUGAAUCCAGAGUAUGUGACCAAGAAGAUCAUUAAUGCUGUGCUCACAGACCAGGUCUUCCUGCUGCUGCCCAAGAGCAUCUACCUCAUCACUGCUCUCAAGAAGUGAGUGUCCUCUUACCUUUCUGUCUUCUUCCUCAUGACUGCACUGACGUUACACGCAGGGUAGUUCAUAUCUACGGAGUCUGUAGUGCAUAGAACACAAGUUUGUCCAUUGUUGGUUCAUGUCUCCCAACACCAUAGGCAGUGUGUACUGUCUCAUAUCUGUCUCUGGUAGAAUGUUUGUGGUUGACUUUGCUGCUCACAUGGGUUUUAGCUUAAUAUCAGGUCUCUUGCUAUUGUUUGACAGUAGCAAUAUGUAGUACUUCACUUCAUCGUAUUGAUGGUUGUACCACAGUGACAGUAUAGAGUGUGACUGGUCGCCCUGCUCCCUGACGUGAGGUCACAUGAAGGGUCAGAGGUCAGCCUGACUAGAACAGGUGGUCUGUUAAGCGUUUAGCCUUCAGGUUGUAAAUCCCUGUUCUCCCUUUGAUACGUUUGUCUGGAAAUAUAAUUGAAAAUAUUUGUAAAGCUCCCCUCCAGACACUUUUUAAAGGAUAUAAACUACUCCGCUGACAUUGUUUUCCCACACAACGUAAAAAAUAAACAAAUCUCUGACUAUGCAGGUCGUGCCAAAUCUAGCUGGUCCAGAGAGCGUUUGAAUCUCAGAUUUUAGGGAAGAGCACAGACAUCUCCUGCUUCAGAGCAGGAAUGUGAAAACACCCCUCCAGAGACAAAUCAGUAUAGUCGAGGUCAAACAUUUUAAGGGAGGAGGAGAUCUUGGCAAACGCUGCAGUCACAGUUAGGGAUGGGUAUCGUUUGGGUUUUGCCGAUACCGGUGCCUAAACGGUGCCUGAACCGAUA